GUCAGUAUCUCCGCAAAGCUAUUCGCUCGCGCACUCUCGGCUCCCUCUCUCACCGCUCCGCCUUCUGCCGCCGUUCGAAGCCUCCCUUUGCCUUCCCAAUCUUCCUCUCCGUUCCUUCCCCUUUUUUGUGCCCACCGCCGGGGCACCUGCCGGUGCUCUUCGGAUUAACCCAAACCAGGCGAAAAGAGUAUUUGCGGUGCUAAUGGCGGCUACAGCAGCCUCUGAGAUUACGGACGGCCCUGUUCUUAGUUUAUUGAACAAGCGCAUCCGUGCGCUUCGCAAGAAAAUGAAUCGUAUUCUUCAGAUGGAGGAGUCUAUUGCUCAGGGUAAAAUAAUCAACAAAGAGCAGGAGGAAGUCCUUCGCUCUAAGCCUGCUGUAUCCGUGCUCAUCGACGAGCUUGAGAAGCUUCGUCAACCCCUUUCAUCUGCUGUUAAGGAAGAAGUUGACCUAGCCCUUCAGAACCACCGCGUCUCACCCGACGAACAACCCCAGAAAGCUGACGACUUUAACCACCCUGGGGUCGAAGAUCUUCUCAAUCUCCUUUAUUUUGGGUCAUUGUUCGACGUGAAGUCGCAGAAUGAUUUCACUUCGACUAUGCUCACGAGGACCCAUGAACGAGGCUGUUGCUUAACCUACGAUUAUGUCACCGACGACGCAACUGAUCUUCUGGGUGAGAAAGACUUGGAUUUAAUUUCUAGGCUGGGUGGUCUAUUGAUAUCGCGGCCUGCGGAUUCAAGGUUAUCUCACAAGAACGCGUUGCAGCGGUGCAUAGAGCAUGCGAAGCUAUGGCUUGCGAAGGCUGACCAGCCUAUUGAGUCAAAUGCCGAUGUCACAUAUUCGGGUUUGAGGGAGAGGUUAAACAAGAUCAUGUCUUCAGAAUACUUCACCACCACACCUGAGAUGAAAGCUCCAGUUGAAGUUGCUGCAGCUGCUGCUGGAAAUUAUGCUUCUUUCCAGAUGCCAGUACACGGUACCGUUGUUCCUGCCUCAGUUCCAGUCGAAGUGGAAGGCUCAGGUUCGCCGUCCCAAGAAAAGGAUGAAGGGACAGCAAAUUUUGAAGGACAUGAAUCUGGAGACAAUCAAUCUGAUCCUGAGGAGGAACAUCAAAAGGAUGAAGUAGAGGUGGAAAAUGUGGCUGAGGUGGUCCCAGUUCAACAAGAAGAGGUCAAGCCACAGGUAGAUGCAGACCUGACUCAAAGAGACUCUGAGGCAAAGGAGCAACAGUAUAUCCCCAGGAGGGGGGGUUAUCAGAACCAAAGAGGAGGCCGUGGGGGUGGCAGUGGAGGUGGUCGGAGGGGUUAUUCAAAUGGGCGUGGAGGCCGGGGUGGCGGAAGAGGAGGUGGCUAUCACAAUGGCCGCAACCAAUACCAUGACCAAUUUGGUAAUUAUCAUCCCAGAAACUACUAUAACAACAGAGGAAGAGGUGGCAGAGGUGGUGGGGGGCAGUUCUAUGAUAACCAUGGUUCAGGUGGUCAAGCAAAUCAUGUAGCUGAUGUCGGGGUUCGAUCCUGAGGUGUUCAUAGCGUUCUUAACUGUCUGUAGUAGGUUUACUUUUGUUAUAUUUAUUUGGCAUGAAUGGAACUUUCUUUUGAACAAUUUUGUUGACAGAAUUCAACAUCCCAGACUCCAUUUUGUAGUCCAGUAAUGGACCUUUGUGAGAAAUCUUACAGGAAGAAACCACCUGCGAACAUUAUGAGACUUAGCAUAAGCUUUCUACAUUUGCCCUAUUCACAUCUAUGGGCUGUUGAUAAGCUGCUUCCGUUUUAAA